AUGGAUUACAUUAUCUACCUCAUCUACAUCCUUCUCACCUUUCUUGACCCCGGCUGGUGUGUGUGCAAUGAAACGAAUGCGACGAACCCCUCAGUCUUUACUACAUUCAGUCCAUUUGGCACCAUUAUUUCUCCCACGUCCACGGUUACCCUGCACCUCUCCCCCGGUAUUGACCGAUCUCUCAUUUCCUCAUCUCAGACCAUGAUUAGCAGUUCGACGUUCCCCAAUAGCCUCACAAGUAUUCGUAUGCUUACCGUUGGAAAUGGGACAGCACAGGCUCCAUCGGCUGGCACUUCUCCUGACUCUACCACCACUCUGACGAGCACCAAAACCACAACGACUACCAUUGUCAUGGGUGGCAUCUCGUCAGCUGUUGAUGUCUCCGGCGCAGGUGAAUCAAGCUCUGUCAACACCAUUGUCCCGGUCCCAUCGACUAUCACAAUGACGUUCUCUCCCACCAUAUUCACCAGUCAGUACGCGUGUCAUGUUCCAUGCCAAAUCUGCCAUGGAGGUAUCGCCUUGCAACUGGCCAACAGCACACGGAAUGUCCCAGCACUGUUCAACUUUACGACCACGGCGAGAUUCACAACCAUCAUCCCGGUAAUCCGGACUGUGAAGGCCUCCGAAUUAUCAAACGCGUCUAUAUCGACCACAUGGCCUUAUUCAGUCCUCUCAAAUGAAAUCUUCUCAACUAUUUUGCCCUCCAUAGUGGCCAACUCUACAUUUUCACCGCCCAAUAUGACUUCAACUGCUACCGCAUCACCAUCUGCACCUGUUGUUUUGAAUACUUCCAGCAGUGUGGUAUCUAUCUCGGUACAAUCCAACACUUCAGCUCUCACACGCAUCCACGAAACUACAGUCGACCUGUCCGCGACCAUAGCUACGACAGCCUCCCACAAUUCACCUCCGCUGUCAAUUGUAACCGCUGCCGCUUCCUCUCUCCGUGUUCCAAGCGUUUUCAGCCUCAUGACUCGACUUCUGGUCUUCUUUCGUGGUAUGGAUCUUAAAGGUCACGCAACUACAAUCUACGAGACUGCGACCGCGAAUUCUACUGCAUCCACUCGCUCUACAGCAAACACUAUCGUUUCGAUGACCACUACGAUGAGUUUUACCACAACUGUGACUGAGCCACUCACCUCACACACCACGUGGCCUGUGGCGAUCAACACUACCAUAACGCACACGAACUCGGUCAUGACUGUGACGGUUCCCAAGCACUCAACGUCGGUCUCAACCUAUCUUGCCUGGACAUCCUUCAUAACGCCAGCAGCAACUCCGUUGGCAUAUGCAAAUCGUCUGACAGUGUCGACCGUCGUUUGCAUAUUGUUACUAGGCGCUGGGGUAUGGGUCGUCCUAUGA